AUGAAAGCAACUGAUUCCCUUAUUUACUUGUUUACUUUCAUGUUGAUCUAUGAACUGGUGCCGAUUCAACGGAGUUAUAAUCAUGAAGGCAAAGUCAACGGUGUCGUGGCAGUGAUUGAUCAAGAUUUCUCAGCUGUGACGAGCUUUCAAAAACCACCAGCUUCUAAUUCGCUGGUUAAUGAUAACCGUUACGAUCUCAUGUCCACCAAAGUCCCGAAGGUUGUCCAGAGAAGAAGAGGCAGGCCAACUCUACCGUCUCCAAAACCUAAUGGCCCUGUUCGGAGUGCACGCCGCCAUACACCACCACCUGGACAGCCUAAUAAUCCAUCUCAGCCACCAUCACCACGUGCACCGACGCAUCAUUAA